AUGAAGACCGAGAAGAAGGAGAAGCCAGUGGAAGACAAACCCAAACGCGUGAAGAAGAAGGACAUCGAAGACACAAAAAUCCAAGAGUUGUUGUCUUCGUACUCGUCGUACGAUUGGACACAAUUCGAGUCGUUCUCAUCGAUCCCUCUGUCGUCGCGAACCCUCGACGGACUCCUUCAGAACGGAUUCACUGCCCCGACAGACAUCCAGAGGAAGGCCAUCGGGAGUGCCCUAAGAGGGCGUGACGUGUUGGGUGCGGCCAAGACUGGAUCCGGCAAAACGCUGGCCUUUCUGGUGCCCAUCCUUGAGGUGCUCUACACUAACAAAUGGACACAAAUCGAUGGCAUCGGAGCGCUCGUCAUAACACCCACUCGUGAGCUCUCGUAUCAGAUCUUCGAAGUGUUACGCAAAGUGGGAAUCAAUCACGACUUCAGCGCCGGUCUUAUAAUCGGCGGUAAAGAUCUGAAGUUCGAGAGGAAGCGCUUAGACAAGUGUAAUGUGAUUGUCUGCACUCCGGGGCGACUGCUUCAGCACAUGGAUGAGAACCCGCUGUUCGCGUGCGAUAACCUCAAGGUGCUGGUGCUGGACGAGGCGGACAGGUGUCUGGACAUGGGCUUCGCGGCCACAAUGAACGCCAUUAUCGAGAAUCUGCCGCAAAGACGCCAAACGCUGCUCUUUUCGGCGACGCAAACCAAGUCCGUGAAAGACUUGGCGCGACUCAGCCUCAAAGACCCGGAGUAUGUGUGGGUCCACGAGAACGACAAGCACUCGACGCCCGAAGCGCUCACUCAGAGCUAUAUUGUGUGCGAUUUGGAGGAUAAGCUGAAUAUGUUGUGGUCUUUCAUCCGCAGCCAUAAGAAGCACAAGAUAUUGGUGUUUAUGUCGAGCUGUAAACAAGUGAAGUACUGCUACGACCUGUUCUGUCGGAUGAGACCCGGGGUCAGUCUUCUGGCACUUUAUGGUACUCUCCAUCAGUUGCGACGAAUGGCUAUUUAUGACGAGUUUUGUCGCAAACAAAGCGCUGUCCUCUUCGCCACUGAUAUCGCCUCCAGAGGUCUCGACUUUCCGUCAGUCAAUUGGGUCUUACAGUUGGACUCUCCCGAAGACGUCAACACUUAUAUACAUCGCGUCGGGAGGACUGCUCGCUUUGAAAAGGACGGCGAAUCGCUUCUAGUCGUACUGCCAUCCGAAGAGCAAUCAAUGGUGGAUCAGUUGACACAGAAGAAGAUUCCGAUCAACAAAAUAGAAGUGAAUCCAAAGAAAAUGUAUUCAAUUCAACGAAAGGCUGAGGCGUUGUGUGCGAGAGAUCCCAGUCUUAAAGAGUCGGCUCAGAGAGCCUUCAAAUCGUAUAUAAAAAAUGUGUUUCUAAUGAAAGACAAGACUGUGUUUGACAUUAAAAAUCUAAAUUCAGAUCUCUUCGCAAAUUCUCUCGGAUUAGCCAUAACUCCGAGGAUUAGAUUCAUAGAGAAGUCUUUGCAACAGAAGAAGAAUUCCGAAGAAUAUAAAACGAAAGCAAACACUGAAAGCGAUAAUAAAAUUAAUUUUAAUGACUUAAACGAUGGCAACCAAAGUGAUGACGACUUGUUCUCCGUUAAGAAAGUCUGGAGAUUUGAUUUGAAUGAAGAACUCGAUGGCAGUAGACCUGAACCCAAGGAGAAGGAGAAGAAAGCGGUGACAAAGGCAGCGAUGGCUAAGAAGUUACUGAAGAAGAAGUUUAAGCCAAACAGUAGAGUCGUGUUCAAUGAGGACGGAACUGUUGCCGAAGACUUCCCCACUCGACAAGUGUCUGAGAAAGUGAAGGAAUUGGAUGAGAAGGGCAUCAGUGGUAUAGACAUCGAGAUCGCCAAACAGAUUAUGAAAGACGAGGACGUGAUCGACAAAAAACUUUAUAAGGAUUUAGUGAAAGCCAAACAUAAGGAGAAGAGACUUAAACUCAAAGAACAGAAGAGGAGAGAAAAGGAGAGCAGAAGUGGUUCGGCUGUAUUGGGCGGUCGUUCCGGUGGUGGAGUCGACGACAGCUCUUAUAAUCAAUUGAAUUCUCUGAUCGACGCACUGCCCGACCCGGACGUCGUGUACGGCCAACAGUCGGACCAGUCGAGUGGUAAUGAAUCCGACGAUUCCGGUGAAUACGAUGAAGAGAAUGAGGGUAUGUCUGGAAGUGAGGACCAAAUGAGUGACAGACCCGAAGAGAGUGACGAACACUCGGAUCGAAGUGAAGAUGAAUCCAAUGAAUCAGAUAAUAGACACACAUUUAAGCGGAAACCAAAACAAGAGAUAAUGAUGAAUAAGAAACAAAAAUUGGGAAAUGGAUUAGAUUUGACUGAUUGGUCUGUCUUGGCGUCGGCCCAAUCCGUAUCCCAAUCCGUCGCCUCUUCUCGGGUCGAACCCAUCGUUUCGUCGAUCGCCGAACCCGUCAUCACGUCUGCCGCCGAAGCCUUCAUUUCUGGGGCCAAAGCCGUCAUCCCUUCUGCCGGCGAACGUAAGGACGCCAAGACGCCGGCGGCCAGUCCGUAA